AUAGCAAUGUCUGAUGCGCCACCACCAGCGUUGGCAAAGUCAGAGAUAGAGAAGGACGCACCACGCUACUGUAAAGGGUGGUACAAUGCUAGGGGGACUAAGAUGGAUAUGUGGCUUGAAGAUUUCCGAGGGAAGAUACCGUUGGACAUUCGAGGUACAUUCAUCCGUAACGGCCCUGGGGUGCUGGAAGUGUAUGGAGAGGAGUUGAGGCAUCCUAUAGAUGGUGAUGGUCUUGUCGUGGCCUUAGCCUUUAGAGAUGGCAAGGCUCACUUGAGGAGCAGAUUUGUAUCUACUUUCUCCCAUGUGGAGGAGGAGGCGGCUGGUAGGAUGCUGUACCCUGGACAGAUGGGCUCGGAACCUAGGCUACCAGCGGCGGCGACCCUUAGAAGGUGUUGGGUUGAUGAUUCUUCAAA